AUGGACGAAACGCCGAGGACAGAGUAUCCGGCCAUGCUGGCUCAUCUGCAGCCCGGCCAGGCCGUGCAGACGCUCAACGACCGCAUGAAGCGCAUCAACAAGAUCAAUCUCGAGAUUGCCGACUGGCUUCAGGAGCGCCGUCGCGUCGAGGAGCAGUAUGUCUUGGGAAUGCGCAAGCUGGCCCAGUUCAAAUCUCCUAAUGCGCAGUCGGAACUGGGUGUUUUCCAGCUUCCGUGGUCCCGAAUCAUUGAGUCCGUCGAACGCAUCGCCCAGUCGCACCAGCUCUUCGCCGAUCGCCUCGGCAAUGAUGUCGAGCAGCCCCUCCGAGGCUUUCCCCAGCGCCAGGACGUCCAGAACAUGACAAACAUCUCCAACAACCUGACUGUCAUGGCCAGGGAGCUCGACGACGCGCGGGACAAGUCCGACAAGCUCACCAAGAAGGGCGGCAAGGCCAGCACGCAAAAGGUCGACGCCGCGUCAUCCAAGCUCGAGUCGGCCACCCAGCAGUGGGAAUCGCAGUCGCCCUUCAUCUUUGAGACCCUGCAGGUCCUCGACGAGUCGCGCGUCAACCUGCUGCGCGACCUGCUGACGCAAUUCCAAACCCACGAGUCCGACCGGGCCCAGCGAGACUCCGACAUAUCCGUUGAAACGCUGGCAAUGAUGCUCGAGAUUAGCACUGAGAGGGAGGUGCAGAGCUUUGUGCAAAAAGUGACAGCCGGCAAGGCCCAGCUGCCGCCGUCUAGGACGGCCACAAGACGCUCAACAACCCACAUGUCGCAGAAUUCCGCUGCCAGCCAGCCGAGCGUUCCAUCGACCCCGAAUACCUCUCAGCCGCCACAAGAGGACGACGCUAGCGAGCACAAUUCGGUGCCCAACAGUGAGGCCAAGCCUGAGUCCAAGCUGCGAAGGUUAGGCACCAUGUUUGGUGGCCGCCGACGCCAGAGCGUCCACGCAGGAUUCGGCUCUCUCUCCCCCCAGAAGACGCCCGGGCCUACCUUUGGACGACUCGGUAGCAGCCAUGGCCGCGGCGUCUCUCCAAUGACAUCCUCGAGCAACCUCCACGAAAAUAACCGGCUAUCUAUCCUGCCCGAGAUGCCAGACCAGGCUCGCAGGCCACAGUCUUCCUCAGAUGCCAUGCACAGGGAUAGGGGAGAGGAGGGCGGACCGUCGACGAACGGGAACACGAAUGGUUUUGCAGCUGGAGAAAGUCUUUUGGAUACCCAGGCGCCAGAUAUGCCAUCUUCAAGCGCCACCAAUGGUAAUGUUAAUGUAGAGCAACAGCAACAGCAAUUCCAACAGCAGCAGCAACAACCAGAAGCAGCCGCUGUCAACCCGCCACCGUCCCAGCAGAGCCAGCAAGAGCCUGUGUCUCCAACCUCCAAGGACGAGGAGGGCUUUACGAUUAGAGCACCCAUGAACGACCCCAUCUCAGAAGCCCAGAGGGAGGCCGCCGCUGAUGAGAACGAUCAGCUGUUCAAGCUCAAUAUCCAGAACAAGCCAAUCGAAGAGGAAGACCCCGAGGCGGCACAGGCCGCUCUCUCGAGCGUGGCCAACACGCUCAAGAUGGGCUCCAUCAACCGACGCUCCAUGACGGUUCGAGGACGCCGCGACGUGCGCAACACCAUUUAUGCGCCGGUGUUGAACUUCCCGGAAAGCUACUCAGACAACGCCAUUCCCGCCAUGCCGGCAAUCCCUUCAUCUCCCCCUCGACCUCCGUCUUCUAGGCCGGCCGCCGUUGCUGCCCUUGCUUCCGAGGCCAGCGCCGCCUCUGACACGCAGUCUGUGCGGUCUGGAAACUCGCUGGGCAGCGCGCAUCCAAAGCACCCUGAGCUGACGGCGCCGGGACUGAACGCAUCCAUUAUCGAGACCGUCUCGGUUCUCUUUGAGGGCGGCGUGUUGAAGAGCACAUCAGUUGCAGGCGAGAUUGCCUUUGCUAACAAUCCUACAGCAGAUGCCGACUCUGCUAAGACACAUGAAACCAUUCGCAUCAACAACUUUGCCAACCUGGAACGCAUCGGCCCCAACCGAAUCUUUGUUCACAACGCAUCUCCCGACCAGCCUGACCAGUUCGCUCUCGACCUUUCCCACAUCUCCAAGACGGCGACUGCCUUUUCAUACCGCGUCUUCGCAGACGAAUCCGAGACCCCCUCUCUCGGCCAACACGCCCCUCUCCUGAUCAACCCCGCGUGGAAGCCCCAAGGCGACAAGCUCGGCCUCCUUUUGCAGUAUCAGCUCAACCCCGAGUGCAAGUGGACGGCCCCCGUGACACUGCACAACGUCGUCUUUGUGGUGUCGUACGAGGGCCGGGCGACGGGCGCCCAGACGAAGCCCAGCGGCACCCACCUGAAGGAUAAGCACCUCGUGUACUGGCGACUGGGAGACGUGACCCUGACCGAGGUGACGCAAAAGAUUGUCUGCCGCAUUGUCGGCGCAGACGGUGUGGAGCCGCAGCCGGGCCACGUCGAAGCUCGGCUGGAGGCGGUGCCGAGCAAGGAUGCCGUGGAGAGCGAUCCGUUUGCAGACGAGAACCCUGCCAGCUCGAACCCGUCGCUCGUGGAGCCGACGUGGGUCGAUGUACCUGUGACGAGGAAGCUUGUGAGCGGCAAAUAUGAGGGGAAAUAA